AUGGGGAAGGUGCAGCACGCCAUGCGCGCCGCCAAGCUCCCCCGUCACGCCCUCGUCCCGAAGCCCACCACCGCACCGCCUCCUCCUCCCCCACCACACGGUCCUCGUCCCGCCAACACGAAGCCUUCCCACGGCAAGCCGCCCCGGAGAACCCCCAGGGACGCCUCCGACCCCACGACGGCGCUGGCCCCAGUCGGCUCCGCGCCACCGCCAUCCGGGAAGCGGCGGCCCAUCACCACGCCCGCCGAGCUCUCGGCCGCCAUCCGCGCCACGGUGGACAACGACGUGGACGCGGCCGCCUCGCUCGCGCUCAAGGCGGCGCCCACCAUCCCGCUCCCGGCGCAGUCCCUCGCGCUCCUCCUCCGCCGCCUCGCCCUCCACCGCUCCGUCGCCGCGGCGCGGGACCUCCUCGCCUCCCUCCCCUACUCCGCCGCCUCCCCCGCGCCGCGCCCGGCGCUGCUGGCCCUCGCCGACGCCUGCUGCCGCCGCGGCGACCCGCGCGAGAUCGGGCAGCUCCUCCCGGUCCUCGCCGACCACGGCGUCCGCGCGGACGCGCACGUCUACAACGCGCUCAUGAAGGCCCACUGCGCCGCCGCCGACCCCGAGGGCGUCCUCGGGGUGCUCCGCCGGAUGAAGGACGACGGCGUGGACCCCGACCUCGUCACCUACAACACCCUCGUGUACGGCCUCGCGCGCGCCGGCCUGGUCGCCAAGGCCAGGACCUACCUCGACGCCAUGGCCGCCGCGGGGCACUUCCCGGACGUCGUCACCUACACCUCGCUCAUGAACGGGAUGUGCGUCAAGGGCGACGCCCUCGGCGCGCUCAGGCUGCUCGAGGAAAUGAGGGCCAAGGGGUGCGAGCCCAACAGCCGGACCUACAACACGCUCCUCAUGGGGCUCUGCAAGAACAGGAAGCUCGACAAGGCCGUCGAGGUGUACCGGUCCAUGGUCGGUGCCAGCAUGAAGCUUGACCCGCCGGCGUAUGCGACGUUCAUCAGGGCGUUGUGUCGCGCUGGGAGGGUUCCAGAUGCAUACGAGGUGUUUGAUUAUGGGAUGGAGAGCAAGAGCUUUCCAGAGGUAACCGCUUACACUGAGCUCGAGAGCUCGCUCAAGUGGCUGCGCAAGAUGAAGGAGUAGAAUGGCUGAAGGCGCGGAGAAUGAAGGCUGUAAGCCAUUGUCUUCUGUUGCUUGCUGGUACUUGCUUCAGACUUGAUCCUCUGGAUUGCAUUGCCUGCCUUUGUUCGUUUUCCUACAGUGAACUGAGCAAAAGCAUUUAAACUACUGCUAUACUAUGUUUUUUAUCAGAGUGAUGUAUUUUAUCAAUCAAUCAGAAUGUAAGAUGAAAUUUCCAAAAAACAGAACUGUACCUGUCUCCUGGAAGAAAAGUACAUACAUCUUACUCAUGUAUCAAACUUUGGUACCAUGAUGUAGUAGUGCCUUGGUGUAAACAU